UCCACAAGGGGAAAUACAAAAGGGGCAGGACGGUUUUCCCCUUCCUUCGUGGACUUUAGUGACUUCAAUCAGGAAGAAAACAUUGGAAAUAUGCUGAUGUGGUGGAUGAUUGUUUCUUCUCUUGGAUGCAUUUUAUUGGGUGCAGAAGGAUGGCCAGCAAAGGAAGGGCAUGACUUCAGAUCAUUUCAACCUCUUAUGAGAUUACGCCACAAGCAGGAAAGGAGUUCAGAGAAUUCAAGAAAUAAAGGAUCUGUGAAUCAUGGUGUUCUUCUUGGAUCGUGUGAAAAUAAGUAUUGUGGCUUGGGAAGGCAUUGUGUUGUCAACAGAGACACAGGACAAGCAGAAUGUGCCUGCAUGGAAAAUUGCAAGCCUCAUUACAAGCCUGUUUGUGGCUCUGAUGGUGAAUUCUACGAAAACCACUGUGAAGUACACCGGGCCGCCUGCCUGAAAAAGGAGAAGAUUACUAUUGUCCACAAUGAAGACUGCUUCUUCAAAGGGGACAACUGCAAUUCCAUUGACUACAACAAGAUGAAAAAUUUCCUGCUGGAUCUACAGAACAGAAGAUAUAUUCUACAAACAAAAGACAGCAUUGUUGAAGAUAAAAUGGCUUUGAAGAAAUUAUUGGUGGAUCAGAUGUUUAAAUAUUAUGAUUCAGACAACAAUGGACUUGUAGACAGCAAUGAACUAACACAGGUAAUAAAACAAGAUGAACUUGGCAAGGAUAUGUCUGACUGCUCUCUUUUUGAUCUGUUGAAAUAUGAUGAUUAUAAUAGUGACAAGCAUCUUGGCCUGGAAGAAUUCUAUAGAGCAUUUCGUGAGUAUGAUUCCUGA